AUGAGAAACCAGCUGGGCAGCGAUGAAAAGACAGGAAAGAUGAAACUGAGAGGAGACAAGAAGACGGAGCAGAAUCAGGAGGGAAUGAAAAACGCGUACUUGCUCUCUGCGCUGACGCUGGCCGCCGCGCUGCAGUGCGCUCCCGGGGCUCCGGUUGCGGACGCGCCCACCGACAGUCCGGCAGGUGACAGCUCAGCUGGAGACGCACAAUACUCCCUCACUUCCAAAACAUGCCCUGAGAAGUCCAGCAAGGAGGUUUGUCUCCGCUGGUUGGCCCAGGGCCUGCUCACUUACACAGCUCUUCUCAAGCAUGUGGAGAAGGAGUCCCCCAGCUCCAUCCGCUCAGAGGGCCAGAGUUUCAGGAGUCUUCUCCUUAAACUGACCAGUGGAAUCAAAAAUAAGAUGAGACACAGUGAACACGUCAAAGCACUGACCAGCAGUCAGGAGGGGCAGCUGCUGAGGGACUUCGACAGCCCUGACCCUUUCCACAGGUUAAUGACCACAUUCAAAAUCCUGUACAAGCUCCGCGACUUCCUCAUUGAUGGAAUAAAAAAUAUCAGAAAAACGACCAUAGUGUGGCCAAUGGGGGUACGGUACCAAUACACUACCAAUAAUUACAAAAGUAUUACAAAUCAGUUAUGAAGGAAUAUCUCAGGAAAACUGGGUGGUGUUAAUUGUCUCAGGGCUUUAAUUGCCUGCUUUUACAUAACUUAUUUAAUUUAAUCUAUUUAUAUUUGGUGAAAAUUGUUAUAUAUUGGACACAGGAAAAUCCAUGGUUGUGGGUUUCU